AUGACCAACGAAAUAGGGCUCGCUUCGCCACUGAUAAAUGAUAAAGCUGCGCCACUCUUGGAAAAUGCUGAAGAAAACUCGAUCGUUUUUCCAAGGAAAACUCUCAGUGGUAUAUUGCGUUAUUACCUGGACGAGUUCGCCGCGCCGGGACAACCGCAAUUUAGGAAUAAAAGAACGAUAUGUGGCGGCGACAAAAGAUUUUAUGGAGUUUUCGCAGGAGCCUUAUAG